GUUUGAUUUGUGGAUCGUUCUGAUUCGAUUUUGUGGAUCAUUUUGAUUGGAUUUUGUAGAUCAUUUUGAUUUAAUUUCUGGAUCAUUUCGAUUCAAUUUUGUGGAUCAUUUUGAUUUGAUUUCUGGAUCAUUUCGAUUUGAUUUCUGGAUCAUUUCGAUUGGAUUUUGCGGAUCAUUUCGAUUUGAUUUCUGGAUCAUUUCGAUUGGAUUUUGCGGAUCAUUUUGAUUUAAUUUCUGGAUCAUUUCGAUUCAAUUUUGUGGAUCAUUUUUAUUCUGUUUCUGGAUCAUUUCGAUUCAAUUUCUGGAUCAUUUCGAUUGGAUUUUGCGGAUCAUUUCGCUUACAAUUUGGAACGAAAUUGAAUUGAAAUAAAACUGAAUUGAAACGAAAUUGAAUUGAAAUAAAACUGAAUUGAAAUGAAAUUGAAUCGAUAUAAAACUGAAUUGAAAUGAGAUUGAAUCGAUAUAAAACUGAAUUGAAAUGAAAUUGAAUCGAUAUAAAACUGAAUUGAAAUGAAAUUGAAUCGAACGCCAUUUUUCCCUUGGGACCCUUAGAGUCCUCAAGGCAGGAACCCAUUAGGUCUAAUUAGAUUUCAAGCUUAAUUAAAGGCGUCUAACAGCUUUCCCGGGGGGGGGGGACACCAUGACCAACCUGCGCUGGGCCCGAGGGGACCGGGUUGGUUUGGCCGGACCGAACCACCCGCGGGGGCCGCCCAACCCCCCUUGUUGGGCGCGGGGAGCGCCGUGGGGGUGGGAUUUCCCCCCCGCGUCCUCUGCGCUUUCCCACAACCCGCAGGAAACGCCUAUUUUGCCGCUUUUGCCGUGAAAAUGAAAGCGUUGAGCGGUCGGCGAGGCCCCCAUGGCGAGCAUCCCCGAUGAUGGAGCCUCGUGCCCCGUUUGCCGCGAGCUGUUCCGCGACCCCGUGUCCAUCCAUUGCGGCCACCACUUCUGCCGCGGCUGCAUCACCCGCCGCUGGGAAUGGGCCACCGGGCCUUUCCGGUGCCCGCGGUGCCGCCGAGAGGCCCCCGAGCCAACGCUCCGGCCCAGCCCGGAGCUGGCGCGGCUCCUGGAAAUCACCAAGGGCUUGAAUCUGGAGGCGGCCGCGCGGGGAAUUACGGUAGAGGAAGAGGAGCCGGAGGACGGGGAAUGGUGCGGCAAACACGGCGAGCCCCUCGGCUUCUUCUGCCGGGACGACGGCGUCGGCGUCUGCGCCGUGUGCCGCGAGUCGCGGGCGCACCGCUCGCACGCCGUGCUGCCGGUGCCGGAGGCCGUGCGGGAGUACCAGGACCGGGUCCAGGCGCGGCUGAGUGGACUGACGGACGCCAGGGACAGACUGCUGGCCCUGCGGGACGCUGAGAUGAGGAGGAACCGCGAGUGCCUGGAGAACGCCGAGGCCGAGCGGCGCCGCGUCGUGUCGGCGUUCGACGGGCUGCGUGUCCUCCUGGAGGACGCCGCCCGCCCCCUGCUGGCCCGGCUGGGGGCGCUGGAGCGGGACGCGGAGCAAGCGCAGGAGGAGACGGCCACGGCGCUCACCACCGAGAUCUCGCGCCUGGACGCCGCCAUCCGCCAGCUGGAGGAGACGCGGCGGCAGCCGGCGGGCGCCUUCCUGCGGGACGUCGGGGGCACCUUGAGCAGGUGUGACGAGGGACAUUUCCAGCCACCGACGGCGCUUCUCACGGAGCUGGAGGAGAAGAUCAGUCGCUUCAGGGAGAGAAACGUGGCGCUGGAGGAGACUCUGAGGAGCUUCCAAGACGUCCUGAUGUUCGAGCUGCCUGAGAAGAUGCCGGUGACGCUGGACCCCUCCACGGCGCACCCCCAGCUCGCGGUGUCGCCCGACGGGAGGAGCGUGCGCUGGGAAGACACCCGGGAAACCCGACCGGCCCGCGCCCUGGACGCCGACCCCUGCGUGCUGGGCCGGCCGGGGGUCACCUCGGGGACGUCCUGCUGGGAGGUGGACGUGCCACCCCAAGGCUCCUGGGCCGUGGGGGUGGCCAAGGGGGCCGUGAGGAGAAGCGACGAGUCUCCCGCGCCCCCCAGCGUUGACCUGUGGUCCAUGGGCCUGUGUCACGGCCAGUUUUGGGCGCUCACCUCCCUCGAGCGCGUCCCGCUGCGCCAGCUCGACGUCCCCAAGAGGGUCCGGGUGUCCCUGGACUACGACAAGGGGCACGUGGCCUUUUUCGACGCCGACAAGAGGUCCUUGAUCUUCACCUUCCCCGCGGCCUCGUUUGGUGGCGAGCGGGUCCAGCCCUGGUUCCUGGUGUGGGGCGAGGGCGCCCACAUCACCCUGCGCCCCUGAGCUCGGCGCCGCUCGCCCAAACGCCGCUUUUACGCCCAAAAUGUCCCUAUUUCCACCACUUUGGGGGUCUUCUGUCCGCCAAGGUCCUUUCCAGCCUCUGAUUCUUGUGGAUGCUCGGAAUAUAAGCCCUACUCCAAAAAUAAGCCCUAGCGUGAUUUUCCAGCUUUUUGAGGAUGCGCGUUGUAUAAGCCCUACCCCAAAAAUAAGCCCUAGUGCCAUUUUUCAGCUUUUUGAGGACACUUGGAAUAUAAGCCCUACCCUAAAAAUAAGCCCUAGUACUAUUUUUCAGCUUUUUGAGGACAUUCGGAAUAUAAGCCCUACCCCAAAAAUAAGCCCUAGUGCCAUUUUUCAGCUUUUUGAAGACAUUCGGAAUAUAAGCCCUACCCCAAAAAUAAGCCCUAGUGCCAUUUUUCAGCUUUUUGAAGACAUUCGGAAUAUAAGCCCUACCCCAAAAAUAAGCCCUAGUGCCAUUUUUCAGCACUUUGAGGACACUUGGAAUAUAAACCCUACCCCAAAAAUAAGCCCUAGCAUGAUUUUCCAGCUUUUUGAGGACACUUGUUGUAUAAGCCCUACCCCAAAAAUUAGCCCUAGCGUGAUUUUCCACCUAUUUGAGGACACUUGGAGUACAAACCCUACCCCAAAAAUAAGCCCUAGUGCCAUUUUUUCAGCACUUUGAGGACACUCGGAAAUGAAAUUAAAUGAAAUUAAAUAGAAUGAAAUAAAUGAAAUGGAAUAAAUUUUAAAAUUGAAAAAUAAAAUAAAGUACAAUAAAAUAAAAUAAAAUAAAAAUAAAAUAAACUAAAAAUCAAAUCAAAUCACAUCAAAUCAGAUCAAACCAAAUCAAAUCAACCCCCAGGAUGUUCCCGUUCGUCUCCCUGGGGGUCGAAGGUUCAAGCCCGAAACCGCCCCGGGGGGAUUUUGGGGCUGAAUGGGCCGAAUUGGGGAAGAAAAGGGUCGUUGGCGCCGGGGGAG